AUGCGCACCAAGCUGGCUCUAUGCCUCUGCCUGGCGCUCUGCGGACCACUGGGCCUGGCUCAGGUCCAGGACGAGCCUGUCGUCGAAAAGGAGGAGCUGGAGAAAAGCGCAGAGCUGAGCAGCAUCGAGGAGAACUACGCCGAGCAUGACUCGUCCCUGUGGAGGAAGCUGUUCGGCACCGGCGACAUCGGCAGCAGUGGCAACUUGGUUAUCACCUUCCAAAGCAGCAGCACCACCACUACUAAAAAGCCGAAGACCUCGACAAAGAAGCCGCACGAUUCAUAUCCCCCCAAGUACCCUCCCUACUACCCUCCGUACUGUCCUCCGCACUAUCCACCAUCUCCUUAUCACGGGUACCAUCCUCAUCCCGGCUGGGAACAUGGCGGUCACGGGCCUAGCGGCCCUGGAGGACACGGGCCUGGUGGCCCUGGAGGCCCCGGCGGACACACAACAACAACAACUACAACAACUACAACGAAGAAGCCUGAUCAUCCUCACUAUCCGCAUUAUCCAUAUCCACCACCGCAAUACUAUCCUCCUUACCCGUACUACCCACCCCCACCACCACCUCCACCACGCCCACCUCCAAGCCAAGUCUCGGACGAGAGCACCGAAGCCCCUGCGAAGCUCUGCAAGAAGAUCAUUCCCUUCGGCAUACUGUGCUUCUAA